UAGUUUAUUGGGAGCAAUAACGUUCAAUCAUCAAUUCGCGAUGGAUGGUGUAGGCAGGCCCGGCCCGUGUACUUCAGCGACGCCUGCACGUGGUUUCGCGUUUGCCAAGAUUCCCUGGCAACGCGUCUAUUCCUUCCAACUUCAACCCCACACCACUUGAAAUAUCGCACGCUGACUCGACCUACCUCAAGUGAGGAUCACUAUGUCACGGGACGAAACGCCGCUUGUGCGCGACGUGCCAGACGAGGAGGCCUAUACUCACGUCCACCGCGUCUUCCUGCAGUCUUUCUUCACUCAUGGCGUUAUGACAGUGGAUGAGAUCAAGCCAGUCCUCGCAGCCAUCAUGACUGCGCAUAACCCAGAGCGACCCUUCCCUGUCGGCGACGUAACUCAGUCCGGCUUCAUCACGCCCACAAUCCAGACCAUCAACGCCCGCCUCGAGCCCUACAACUUCGAAAUCCGCCACACCCGCAACCAACAGACCAAAGAAACAACCUACGCGCUCGUAAACAAGACCUCGGACGCCAUGACCCAGCUCGCGACCCGCUUCUCCCCCAGCGAAAUCGCCUUCAUCCGCCGCCUGCUCGACGCCAUGUUCGACACCAACAACACACCCACGCGCGAGACCAUGGCGGUCAAGCAAAUGGAAGCCAGCCAGCUCGCGCGCCCGCGCCGCAGCCGCCAGUCGCAGGCCGCCAGCCUCGCCGACGACGCGCAGAGCCAGGCCGACGCGGGCAUCUCGAUCGCCGAGGCCGACGCCGUGCUCGAUGCGCUGGUCGCAGACCGCUUUCUGCAGCUCUCGCGCGCCAUGUAUUUCUCGCUUGCGCCGCGCGCGCUGAUGGAGCUGCACUCGUAUCUCAAGGAGACGUACAACGAGGGCGCCGAGGACGAGGACGAGGAGCCGGUGGUCAGGAUUCGGGAUUGUGAAGGGUGCAGGGAGAUUGUCACGUUUGGCAUUCGGUGUAAUAAUCGCGAGUGCGGGGUGCGGUGGCAUGAUCGGUGUGCGAAUCAGUAUUACAGGGGGAAGAGCGCUGAGGGGAAGAGGUGUCCGAAGUGCAGGGCUGUGUGCAGCGGGAACGUUUACGUGGGCGAGAGGGCGGACAGAGUACCGCAGCGGAAUAGCGCGGGUGGGAGAGGGGGAGAUGAAGAGAUGGAGGAAGACGAAGAGGACGAGUGAUUUGAUACCCAAAGCGAAGCUGA